AUGUCGGCGUCGGACAUGUUACAGGAGAAAUUCGAAAUUGUUGUCAUAUUAGAGGGUACGAUUGAAUCAACUGGUCAGACGACUCAAGCACGCUCAAGCUAUUUAAAUAUGGAGAUCUUAUGGGGUCACCGUUUCUUGCCAGUUGUUGGAUACAACAACGAUCGUCAAGGUUACGAUAUUGAUUACUCCAAAUUCAAUGAAACACUUCCAGUCGAUACUCCGCUUUGCUCUGGACGUGAAUUAGCUGAAUUUUAUAAAAUUCAAGAGGAUAUGCAAACUCCCACCGAACAAAUAUAUCCUGCCAACGACGAUCAAUCCAUAACAGCAUCAACAUCAAUUAAAAAUUAAAGCCAUAUAAAUCGAUUAAUCAUGCAGCUCGUCACCGUACAAAGUGAUGGCGCCAAUUAGAGAAUGUAGCAGUGAAAUUUCCUUCAACUAUAUUCGGCCAAAAUUUUUAUCACGAGUUUUACCAACAUUUCCUGAAAAUCCAAACUGGAUCGAACAUACCAGCUCUGAUUCCAAUUUAAGAAGGCAAGUUCAAGCCAAUGAUAUAACAACGUUCAUCUCAUAUGAUUCAAUUAAUGAAUCGGAAAUGCUCUGAGAAGGUGCAUAGUUCAAAAAAAUAGCAGAUUAAAAUGUUUAUUCUUUAGAUGUUGAUAGUAUUUUAAAUAAAAUGAGUCUUUUAUUGUUCUGAAA